CGUAGUCCGCCAUGUUGGUCGACCGACAACCCUUAAUUUGACUCUGUAUUAUCUUUGCGCCACAGAAGACCCAUUUAUUCAGAUGAAAUGUCUGAAAUCGAGUAUAGUGACCUUCUAUUUGAGAUAAGUACGAAAAUUGGCGUAAAUCAAUUAGAAAGAUUGGUUUUUAUGUGCAGAAAUCAGAUCUCAAAAGGCAGUGCAAGAACGAUUCAAAAUGCCCUCGGAUUAUUUGAAGAACUUGAGAAACGGAAUAACCUCGGAAUCGAUCGGUUAGAAACUCUAAAACAGAUUUUAACACAGUUGAAGAACCGAUCCAUGCUCAAGAAGGUGGAAGAGUUUGAGAUCAAGAGAAAAGCUCAGUCAGUUGGUAUCAUUGCUUCAUUAAAGCAGGCUGCUGUCAACGUGAAAGGAGCAAUCAAGAUGGUUUGUAAUUUUCGCACUAUUGGUGGUGGUCUCCUGGUAGUUGGUAGUGGCAUGGCUCUUCGUAGCUGCUCAACUCUGGAUGAGUAUGUAGAGGCCUUCACUAAAAUUGUACUGGUUGCAUACACCAAACUGAUUGAAAUCAGUGAGGGAUCUCUGUGUUUCACAGUGCAAGCUGAGACUCCAGCAGCUUUAAAAGAAUUAUGGGACAUCUACAAAGAUGGAACUCUGCAGAGUCGCCUUCAAGAAUUUCUUGUCACUGAUGACAUCAAACACUUGGCAAACGGGGAAAAUGUUGAGAUCACUGUGUUCAUCAACAAACAAGAAUAUAAAGAAGCUUAUCUUGAUCUUCUUCAGAAAAAUCAAGAUGUGCCAGAUAUUAAGGAAGAAGAAAGGCUGUGGAGGAACUCAGAUUCUUUCCUUUGCUCUAAGCUCAAUGAAGAUGAGGUGACUUUGAUGAAACUUAAACAGAUGGAAAACAAAUUGAGCUUUGAAAGAAAAUUUCAUGAAGAGGAAAUUAUGAAAUUAAAGGAGAAGAUUGUGUUGACAGAAAGGCUGAGUGGUGAGAAUGACCGAACUGUUAAUCUUUUAGCUCCCAAUUUAUUAUGUAUACACGUGGCUCUGAGACUUGAUUUAUCUUAAACAGAGAAAAGAAAAUACUAAACCCCUGAAAUUUCUGAAAAUUUUAGUUCAGGUAUAGAAUGUUUCUUAGCUGUGCAUGUGUUGCUCCUGAAAUUUUUAAUGGUUACUUUGGAUUUCAAAAUGAACUGGAUUGCCAUCUGACCCUAAUUGAAUUGACUGCUCUUUCUAAGCAUAAUCGUACGAAAGCCAUUAAUCUCUCAGAGACAAUUUGAAGUGU